AUGGGAGGUCCAUCAGCGACACAGCACGCGCCCAAGUCUCUCCUCGAACUCGAGGAUCUACUCCGGGAUGACAUCAAAGUGAAGGUGGCUGUUGACGGUGUCCUGAGGGGCAAAUUCAUGUCCAAGGAGAAGUUUCUCAGUGCGGCGUCGUCUGACGGGUUCGGCUUCUGCAGCGUUAUAUUUGGAUGGGACAUACAUGAUACCGUUUACUCAAAGGAACUACUCAUCUCGAACAGAGCGAACGGGUACAGAGAUCUCCUCGCGAUCAUUGACCUGUCAACAUACAGACGGAUACCAUGGGAGAACAACGUCCCGUUCUUCCUCGUGUCCUUCCUCGACCCGGACACCAAGGAGCCUAUCUGUGCGGAUCCCCGCGGUGCUCUCAAGAAGGUUGUUGACCGAGCCGCCAGCAAGGGCUGGCAGUGUUACGCUGGUUGCGAGUAUGAGUACUUCCAAUUCAAAGAGACACCACACAGCGUGCACGAGAAGAAAUACACAGAUCUACAACCACUCACCCCUGGGAUGCAUGGAUACUCCUUACUCCGGACGCAAUUGAACAACGACUACUUCCACGACAUCUUCGACGAAAGUCACAAGUUCGAUGUACCUCUGGAGGGACACCACACGGAGACGGGUCCGGGCGUGUACGAGACGGCAUUGGCAUACACAACCGCACAUCGCAUGGCCGACAACGCUAUACUGUUCAAGUACUUAGUCAAGAGCAUAGGCAUGAAGCAUGGGAUAACCCCCAGUUUCAUGGCGAAGCCAUGGGGAAACCUUCCAGGAUGUAGUGGCCACAUACAUGUCUCGUUACGCGACGAGAGCGGGAAAAGUCUCUUCGCCGUCUCAGAAGCGGAGCUCAAGACCGGACGCGCCAACGCAGCCUACGAAGACACGAAGUUCCUCAGCCAAGAAGGCGAAUGGUUCCUCGCCGGGGUCCUCGAAGGUCUCCCCGACGUCAUGCCCAUGCUCGUCCCAACGAUCAACGGCUACAAACGUCUCGUCGGUGGCGAGGCCUUCUGGGCGCCCAACGCAGUCACCUACGGCUACGACUCGCGCGCGGCGUCCGUGCGCAUCAUCGCGCCGCCGUCCGUCCCGGCCGCGGCGACACGCAUGGAGGUCCGCGUGCCCGGCGCGGACAUGAACCCGUAUUUUGCGUUGAGCGCCGUCCUCGCGCUUGGCAUGCGCGGGAUCGAGAGGAAGAUGAAGCUGCCGGGCCCGCCGGUCGGGCAGCUCACGUUGGAGGAUAAGCGGAGCGGCAAGGUGAAGAUGCUCCCGCAGUCGCUCGAAGCGGCUACAGAGCGCAUGAUGCGCCCCGAGAGCAUCGCGCGUGAAGAAGCGGUGUUCGGGAACGACUUUGUGGAUCACUUUGGAGGCACCCGGCAACAUGAAGUGCGUCUCUGGAACGAGGCCGUCACGAACUGGGAAGUGGAGAGAUAUCUGGAAUUGGCCUGA